GGUAGCGCAACAGUAAACGUCAUAUUUUGUAUGCUUAAAUUUGUAUUUAUCACUCUCACAUCGCAAUGUUACAAACUUAGUGUCAUUAAAAUAAGAGAUCGUUAAUUUGAAAAAAGAUAUCAAAUAUAUUUAUAUUUUAUUUCUCCUGUAAUAAGAUGUGUUUUUAAAUCGUUGUCAAUCGUUGUUCGAAUAUAAUUGUAGAUCAAAUUUCCAAUAACCUAAAAACUCUGACACAAUGGCAGCAAUACAUCGAGAGGCCAUCCAAAAACAAAUACAGCAGGAUUGGGCAAAUCGUGAAUAUAUAGAGGUCAUCACCGGAAAUAUUAAAAAAAUUACUGAUUUUCUUAAUUCUUUUGACAUGUCUUGUAGAUCACGGAUAGCUGUUCUUAAUGAGAAGCUUACGACAUUAGAACGUAGGAUAGAAUAUCUAGAAGCUUGCGUAACAAAAGGAGAAACGUUAACAUAAACUGGACUGAUAACUUAUUAUUGAUAUUUUAUUAUGUUUUCUUACAUACACUUGGAGAAAUUACAUUUUACUACUUCAAAUGUAUUCUGAAAAUAUUAUUUAAAACUAACCUUAUAUAGGCUAGUCAAAUAAUAUUGUGUAACUAAACAACUCAGUAAAGUUUCAUUUUACAUAAAAAGAA